CAUAAUAGUCGAGGGUUUUAGUUUCAGUUUCUUCCCCCUGUUCAACUUAAACGGAUUUCUGAAAUAUGGUAGCUUUCUGAAGGAGAUGUCUGGACUCUGGAGCAUAAGGUCAUAGGUCACAGUUUGUCCCAGCUAUUGUUAUAAUGUCCUUGAUGUCCAAAUCCGAGUGGGAUAAGAAGGUCGAUGUUUACAAGAGGUUGCAUUGGUCUGAGGAAGAGAUUCUUGCUGCAUUUCAGAAGCAUCCUUGGUGUAUGAUGACAUCCGAGGAUAAGAUAAUGGCGGUGAUGGACAUUUUUGUGAACAAAAUGGAUUGGGAGCCUUCUGCCAUUGCCCAGCGGCCAAUUCUUUUUUCAUUAAGCCUGGAGAAGAGAAUUAUUCCUCGUGCUUCAGUUCUCCAGUAUCUGUUAACCAAAGGUUUGCCUAAGAAUAAACUGCUUUCCGCUACACCGUUUAAGCAAUGUGAAAAGACCUUCUUGCAGAAGUUUGUGAAUUGUUGUGAUGAAGCUCCCAGGCUAAUGAAGCUGUACAAGGAGAAGCUGGAUCUUUCAAAGAAGAUAAACUGAUUACAAUAGAGAGAUAGAAUGCAAUUAUAACGUGUUUACAUCAAAAUCAAAAGUGUUGCUCUUUCUCUGUAGUACUUGAUCUGCUAUUUAGAAAGAAAUUUGGUCCAGACUACUUAUGGUUUAUUUUCAAUUUCUUUCAUGUUUGCCUCUUCAGGUAAAAAAUUUGCUCAGCAGUGUAGCUUUUAAGACGCUAAAUCAUCUAUCAUACUGGAAUA